AUGGACCCAGCUCGACCUGCUCUGCAUAAACGCUGGCGCGCAAGCACGGCUCGGCCACGGGGGUGCCCCUCCGCAGGGUCACCCAGCUCUGACCUGCCGCCUUACUUGCUCCCCCCCACUUCCCACAAUCUCCGCGCUGACUCUAGACGGGUGGAUGAGUGGAACCAGGGGGCGAUUGGCAGCUACCAGUUGUUCGCGGCCGCGCUGGGCAACCUAGAAUGGUUACAGUUCUGUCUGAACCAGGACCAUGGGAAAAUCGCUGCUGAUGACAAGGGUUUCACUGCCAUCCACUUUGCAGCCCAGAGUGGCCAGCUUGCAUGUCUGCAGGUCUUAGUGGAGGAGUACAAGUUUCCCGUGGACCUGCCCACCAACAGUGGCCAGACAGCCCUGCACCUUGUCAUCCAUGGGGACAACAAGUCCAUGGCCCUCCCCUGCAUUCACUAUCUACUUAAGCAGGGGGCAGACAUCAACCCCCAAACAUGCAAUGGCUCCACGCCCCUGCACCUGGCAGCCCAGGAGGGCCUGCUGAGCUGUGUGAAGAUCCUCGUGCAAAAUGGCGCCAAUGUCCAUAUCCAAGAUGGUGUGGGCUGCAAGCCCAUCGACUACUGCAAAAUAUGGAACCACCGUGUCUGUGCCCGGUUCCUGAAGGAUGCCAUGUGGAAACAGGACAAGAAGGACUUUGCCUGUGAGAUGGGGAAACUGAAGAAGCUCAAGGACCAGCUGGCCCUCAUGAAGCAGGACUACCUGACUGAGUAUCAAAAAGAGCACCAAAUUCUAAAAGAGGCUGAUUUCAAGAAAUGGCUCCAUUGCAAGCUGCCGCUCCAAAGCACCAAGCAAGAGCCCAGUGCCCCAUGCCGGUCUAUUGCCUUCUCCGAGACCCCCAACCACCAGGGAUUGGGGCCUCCCAAAAGCUUCCACCCUUCCCUGGAGGCACACCUGCGACAGACACCACGGCCUAGGAUGCAGCCCUUGGUGAUACCCAAGCCCAUUUAUACAAAGUCCACGGUCAGGCAGCCCAAGUUGUGGAAUAUCAGUAACAACCCUGCCAGAUCCCCCACCACCCAGAUUGGCUACCCACAGGGCAGCCGCCUGGCUGUGCAUCCAGACCUCAGCUCGGAGCACGACUUCCGCAGCUUCCUGGACGUGAGUUCUGAUGGACAUGGUGGGACACAGCUGCGCACGGUGGCUGGCAACCAGGUGGCCCCUGUGCCCCAGCUGCCUUUCGAGGUGAUAGUCCGUGAGCUGUACCCUUCAGUGCGGCCCUACAGGAUGAAGGUGCCCCAGGGCUUUUGCUCUCUCAGCCUGAGUAAUGUGCCUCGGAAACGGCGCUUGGGUGAUGACAGCUCCUGGACGGACACCCUGGCCAUGAACCUGCGUGAAACAUUUGACGAUGCCUUCCUGGCAGCUGUGAGAGCCCAUCAAGGGUCCCCUACUCUGCCCUCCCCCAAGCCCUCCCCAUAA